AUGGUAGAGGUUUUUCAGCCUCCGCCAUUUAAACCAGACCACCCAUUUCGAUGGACCUCAGAUCUGGAAAAUGUACCGAUUGUUAUUGACAAUGGUAAAUUCCGAGUUCAUCUUUUAAUCGAAAUUUAUAUUCCGAAAAACCAAGGAGCUUUUGAAUGUCGUGUGGGCUAUGCGUCUCAUCCCGAACCGUACAUGACAUUUCGCAAUGUGAUCUACAGGCCGCGAAUGACGAAGACUGUUUUGGUUGGAAAUGAUAUUGAAGAUGUGGAUGGUGUGCGCCAUUUGUUGAAGUCGCCUUUUUUGGAGUAUCUGCUCACAGGAAUGGAUAUACAGGAACACAUUUUUGAUCACGUGUUUGAACGUUUGGGGAUCCGGUCAGAAAGUGUAUCACAGCCGGUGGUCAUGAAUGAGGUUUUGUGCAACCCGGGAGUUUGCCGGGCGCAGCUGAACGAACUGCUGUUUGAAACGUAUGGCGUUCCCAAACUUGCCUAUUAUGUAGAUGGUUUGGCCUCAUUCUAUGAUUAUUGCUGUCGUCAUGAGCAAACAGACAAUGGCAACUGUUUGAUAAUCUCGCUCGGCUAUCACAGCACUCAUUUCAUCCCGUCGCUACCCACGUGCAAGUCGCGUGCAGAGCCAUUUCACUGUUUCGGUUUCGAACCACUGCUUAGUGCGGCUCGUCGAGUGCAUGUGGGUGGUGCUCAUGUGAACUGGAUGCUACAACGACUCCUUCAGCUCAAAUACCCAUGCCAUUCGGAGCGCAUUUCUUUUGGAUUAACCGAACAUUUACUACACUCUUACGGUCACAUCACUUCCAACUAUCGGGAAUGUAUGCUGAAAUGGCGUGACGACAACUAUCGCUUGUCUAGUACUCGAACAAUUCAAUUGCCCUUCGUACAGCCUUCGGUAGAGGAGUUGAACGCCGUGGCUGAUCGAAAACGUGCGCAGACAGUGCGGCUUCUGGAUAUUCAUCGGCGACGGCAAUUACAACAGGGACCCUCAUGA